UAGUAAUAACGAUUUAGUAUAUUUCGUUAGUCUAUGAUAAUUUUUUGUAUUGGGAGACAUGCACGGUAAUUUACCGAUACCGUACCGUUACCGAACCGAAACUUCGGUAUACCGAAAUGCGGUAUACCGAAACUUUGGUAAGGUAAAGGUAUGCAAAUUUUGCAUACCGAAAGUUUUGGUACGGCAAAGGUAUGAGAAAAAAUAUAAGGUAUACCGUACCGAACCACCCCUACUGGGGACCGGAGUCGGACCUCUCCUCUCUUUUAACACUCCCCUUCUUCAAGAAUUUACUCUCCCUCAUCUCUGUCUUGAACCAAAGUUGCCAAUCAAGUUGUAAGAAGAGCUUACCGGAAGACGUUAUCAAGGUGCCACACUUAGUUGAGAAAUUUGAGUUCAGCUUCUAACAGAUACUAAAGGUAAGGCCAAGGCCUAGGAAGAUGAUGAGGGAGUGGAACGUGUGCCAAGAUGAGUUAACGGGAACGACCUUGGCGGCUUCUAGCUAGUUAUUGUUUCGUUUCAGUAUUUCAGUAUUAUAAUAAAGAGAUUAUUAUUAAGUUAUUUUGAUUGAGGAUUUGAUGUUUGAAUAAAUUCCUGGAUCCAGGUGGUUAUCACAUUUGCUAGUGAUAACUAGAUUUUAUUGAAUUUUUAUUUGGAGUUAUAUUUUAGUUAUAUUUGAGAUUUUAUCAGGGUUAUUUCUUAAACAACGGCCGUUAUAUAACAAUUUAUUUUUAAAAGUAGUGAGUUAGUGUAACUUUUCCUUUAACCCUGAGAGGGGCGUUACACAUCGUAUGCUUCAAAACACAUGCAGGUGGUCUUAGUGCUCUUGGUUUCACCAAACGUGAUGCUUAUAACGUUCUAGAAUCUGAAAGGAGUAAAACGUUUGAUGGUAGUGAUUCUAACACUUUGAUUUCUAUAUUGAAGAAAAGGGCUGAAGUGGAAUCAAAUUUUUACUUUGAUUUUGAGGUAGAUGAAGGUGUAUUGAGUUGUUUUUUCUGGAGAGAUGGGCAAAUGAGAUCGGAUUAUGAGAUGUUUGGUGAUUUAGUUGUGCAUGAUACAACUUACAGGACUAACAAAUAUGACAUGAUUUGUGGUAUGUUUGUUGGUAUGAAUCAUCAUUGUAAGAAUAUUAUGUUUGGUUGUGGCUUUAUGUUGAAUGAAAAGGUUGAGUCAUUUGUUUGGUUAUUUCAGACUUUUCUGAAAUCUAUGGGCAGUAAACAACCCAUCUCAUUUAUGACAGACCAAUCAUUUUCCAUGACAGCAGCUAUAAAAUCAGUUUUCCCUGAGUCAAGACAUCGACUAUGCACUUGGCAUAUAGAUGAGAAUUCAAAGAAACACAUCAUGUUUCUACGCAAGAAGAUAAAUUUUGUUCCUCUAUUUGAUUAUGUUGUUAAACGAUGUGACACAGUUGCAGAGUUUGAUUUCUACUGGACUGAGUUGAACUGAUUGUAUGAAUGCAAUGAUAAUAAAUGGUUAAAAAGGCUCUACAGUCAUAAAGUAAAGUGGUGUUCUGCAUUUUCAAAGGAUUAUUUCUCUGGCGGCAUUCUAUCUUCUUAAAGAAGUGAAUCUACCAAUAGAUCCAUAUCCAGAAGACUCUCAAAAACUGCAACAUUGUGUGACUUUUACAAAAUGUUUGGUGAUGUUGUUGAUGAGUGGAGGUCAGAAGAAAAUGGUGAAGAUUUCAGAUGUUCGGAAGGCACCGUUGAGAUGGUAUUGCUACAAGAUAGUAUGUUGUCUCAUGCUAGAGAUGUAUACACCGUUGAGAUAUUCAAACUGUUCUAGGAAUAAUAUUUGAAGAGUAUGUCACACUUUUUUAAAUUAAAGACACAGAAUUGUCAUGAUUAUGUGUAUCAUGUUUGGUUGGACGAUGUAGAUUUGAUUAGGCACAACGUUGCUUUUAAUGAAAAUGACAACACAGUGACUUGCACUUGUAA